GUCCAACAAGACUAGCGCCAGCGCUGUUCCUUAUUAUAUUCGCAUUACAUUCUUCUUAUUUGCAUCAAUUAGACCUCCACAUCACUAGUAGUCUCUUUAGAGCCUCACAAAAUCCUCACCUACGCCACCCCUUCCCUCACGGUACUCAAUCACCUCCCGGGAAAACCGAGUCCAGUAACCCCGCCAUACCAUACCGCCGCCCGCAGCACAAACACAACACAACAACAAUCCUCAACCCGGGCCACUGCAGUCCCUCGAACCUCCUCAUUUCGCGCAACCCCCAACCCACCAAUCUCAAACCUACCUCAAACCCACCCCAAAAACACACUAUCACCAAAAUGUCCACCCACCCCGAAGAACCCACCGCCACGCCCCCGGCCGGAACCAACUACCUCGACCUGGGGAUCACGCUCGCGCUCCACAACUGGCCGGCGCUGACGCUGGCGGUGCAAUCCCUCUGGGGCGGGCCGACCUCGGCCGACAAGCGGGACUGGCUGUGCGGCGCGAUCUCGGAGAUGCUGGCGACGCGGCCGGAGACGGACUCGUACGACCUGGAGGACGUGCUGGUGCAGGUGAUGACGGACGAGUUCGACGUGGACGUGGACGACGAGAGCGCCGCCGCCGUCGCCGACCAGAUCAUGGAGAUGAAGGCGCAGACGGAGCGCGGGGAGUACGCCGCCAUCCAGCACAUGUGGGAGGUGUAUCAGCGCAAGGGGGGCCAGAAUCAGGCUGCUGCCGGGAUUCAGCGGGCGGCCGCGGCGGGGCCAGAUGGGGAGGAGGAUAGUGAUGAGGAUGAGGAUGAUGAGGACGAGGACGAGGCGAUGGAUGUGGAUAUGGAUGAUGCGGCGGCGCCGGCGUUGGUGCGCGCGCCCAGGGAGAAGGUCGAGCCGGAGGUCGAUGAUGAUGGGUUUACGACGGUUGUGUCGAAGAAGCGCCGGUGAUCUUAUUUCCCUCCCUCUCUCCCCCCCCUUUUUUCUGGUGCUCGAUUACACUUGAAUUUACUCCGUGUUGUAUGUAUUUCGAUUCCCCUUUGUUUUUCUUUGUUGAGAUAGAUAAAUACACUGCCAUGGUUACUGGAC